AUGAUUUAUGAGUUCAAGAACAUCCAUGCAAAUGGGAACUAUUCUGACCUCAACAACAAGUACAUGCAACUUGCCUCUCAUCUCAAGGCUUUGGAGAGUCAAGUUGCUUCUAGACCUUCAUCCUCCAAGCAGCCAAUGGGGUGUCUACCAGCGAAACCAGAAAAGAACCCUAAGGAGUCUUGCAAUGUUAUCUUCUCCACUGCUUCUCCAGAUAUUGAGCUGAGUGAUCAUGAGAAAGAGGAGGAUGAGAUUGAAAGACUGGUAUUUGGAACUGAGUUUGAGGAAGUUGAGAGAUUUGUUGUGGUCACAGCUGAAGCACAAAUUGUGAAGGACGCUGCCAGGAAGGUUGAAGCAACGAAUCUGCAAAGAGCUGAGCUCAAGGCUGAGAAACAAGUUGAGAAGAGAGCUGACAACAAGCUGAAAGAGGUUAAGCUAGAGGAAGCCACUGAGAAGAAGGUGCUCUCCAAGUUCAGGAAAGAUCUUAGUGAUGUUGGGGUCAGGCUUCCAGAAAUCUCGGGUAUGCGUGAAGCUCAUGUCCAGAUGAUGCUCAUCAACGACAUUCUAGACCACCAAGCUGAAGUGGCCGAGCUUUUGGACAUCUCCAUUCUGAAGAUUGAUCCACCAAUCCCUCCAAAGUCCCUCCCUAAGCUUGAGUCUCAAGGGAUGUUCACCUUGGCUUGCUACCUUGGGAUUGAGAGCAUGGAGCCAAACACAUCUUCCCUUCAGUUUGGAGAUUCCUCUUCUACAACCCCUAUUGGUCUCAUCAAGGACUUCCCUUUGAAGAUUGGAGCAUGCACUAUUCCUAUAGACCUCACUGUUCUGAAGAUGGCAACUAAGAAGAGAGUCCCAUUGAUACUUGACACUCCAUUCCUCACAACAGUGGGAGCUUGCAUAGACUUUGCCAACAAGAAGGCUGCUCAUGACAAGAAGAAGCUUGUGAAAGAACCUCAUCCUCCACCUCUUGAUAAGACUCCUUACACCCUCACUCUCCACCCAAUAAAGCUUAAGGAUGGGGCCAUUGAGUACAAAAUGAAGUGCAAGGGAAGGUGGGAAGGCCCCUCCUUCUCACUAGCCAAAGGAAGGAAAGUCAAGCUAGAGACUUAA